GACAGUACGUGAAGGCAGCAUUAAAGCGACGCUGGUGCUGAAGCGGAUCCAGCUGAUACGGAGAGUAGAGGACAACAAUGUUUGAAAAUGUCCCGACAGUGUCCUCGGCCGAGCGUCAGCAGGUUCUGGCAGCUCUGGACCGUCUGCACUCCAAACUGGUCCAGAGCGAGGAGUGGACCCACAGCGACUCCCUGGGGAGCCUGAGGGAGACGCUGCAGAGUCCACUGUUCAGCCACAUUCUGACGCUGCAGCAUUCCAUCAAACAGCUCCGCAACCAGUUGAGCAGUAUGCCUCCCGACGCCGGCAGCGACUUCAGCUUCUCCAAGAAGGGUCAGCUGAUCAUGAGCACCGUUAACCUCGGCAGCAACUCGGCCCUGCCCACCCUCUCCACCUCCUCCUCCAUCCUGACCAACGCCUCGUCUCUGCAGCCUUCGCCCUCAUCCGACCUCCUUCAGAAGUGGAUCCACACCGCCGCCAAAGGCCGUGACACAGAGCUGGUCAGUCUGACUCGGCCUCUGUCUGGAGGUCUGGGUUUCAGCGUGAUCGGUCUGAAUCCUGCAGGGAGCAGCAGUCAGGGAGUCUUCGUCAAACACGUCCAGCCCGGAGGCAUCGCACACAGGGACGGGCGUCUUCAGGAACGGGACCAGAUCCUGGUCAUCAACGGCAGUCCUCUUGAGCCUGGGAUCAGCCAGCAGCAGGCCCUCACCCUGCUGCAGCAGCCUGGAGAGACCGUGGAGCUGGUGGUGGCCAGGGACCGGCCACCCAACGAGCCAUCAUCCGUCACGCCUCUCAACGCGGAUCAGUGGGGUCACGUGGAGGAGAUCGAGCUGGUGAACGACGGCUCUGGUCUGGGCUUCGGCAUCGUCGGAGGGAAGACGAGCGGGGUGGUGGUCAGGACGCUCCUCGCCAACAGUGUGGCUGACCGGGACGGCCGUCUCCGCACAGGUGACCACAUCCUUCGCAUCGGGGCGACGCCCACCACCGGCCUCACCAGCGACCAGGUUGUCAGAGUUCUGCAGGGAUGUGGCAGUCAUGUGAACAUGCUGAUUGCCAGGGAUCUCCGAGGUCAGAGGUCAAUGGGUCCACCACCUCCACCACCUCCUGACUCUGCACCGGUCUCCUCUUUACCCCCCAGACCUCCGGACCUGCCCCAACAACCCCCCAGAGUGGGCCCUCAACGCCGGGUCAGCAAGGCGCCCAACCUGGAGGGAUAUGAGAUUCACGAGGUUCCUUUAACAAAGAAGGACGGACAAAGUCUGGGCAUCUCCAUCAUUGGCUACAAUCCUCUGACCAGCCAAGAUGCAGUGGGUGUGUUUGUAAAACACGUGGUUCCAGGAAGUGCUGCGGAUCAGAGCGGAAACAUCCGGGUGUACGACCGUCUGAUUGGUAUGGACGGCAUCAGUCUUCACGGUAUGACCAAUCACGAGGUGCUGGAGGUGAUGAAGCAGACGGGUCAGACUGUGGUUCUCACUGUGGUCAGGAAGAAACCCAGAGUGGAGAGAUCCCUGGAUAAAGUGGAGAGGGAGCCCUCUCACGUGUCCCUGCGUAGAUCACUGGAGGUGAAGUCUCGCUCGUCAGGGUUUGACUCCUCGGUGAUGAAGCUGGGACCAGGAUACCCCGCUGCAGCACAGCUAACCAGAGCUACAGAGGCAGAACUGAGGGCUAAAUGGGCUCAGGCUCUGGGACCAACGUACCAAGUCUUGGUAGUGAACCUGGAUCCUGUUAUUGAAGACGAUGCAGAGCUGCAGAAAUCCUCCAAGCUGUUGCCCGUGCACACCCUGCGUCUCGGCGUGGAGCUGGACUCGUUCGAUGGUCACCAUUACAUCUCCUCCGUGGCUCCUGGAGGUCCUGUGGACAAACAUGGACUGUUGAGGCCAGAGGACGAGCUCCUGGAGGUCAACGAUGUCCAGCUCUACGGUAAGUCUCGUCGAGAGGUGGUGGCGUUCCUCAAGGAGGUGCCUCCUCCGUUCACCAUGGUCUGCUGCCGACACCCGACCUCUGACAUGGAACCAGGGCGAGAAUCUGAAUCGGAGUCCGAGUCUGAACCUGAACCGGUCCUGCAGCCAGGACUCAGAGCAGCAGGACGAUCGCAGCCCAGUGUGGAAGAGAUCGAGCUGAAGCUGUCGUCGAUGCUCGGCGGACAGACGGUCGCCAGAGACGACCACGGUGAACAGCAGAAGACACUCAGUCAGGAGCAGGUUUCUCCUGUGGAGGAGGAAGAGGAGGAGCUGAAUGAGGAGAAGAUUCAGCAGCACCAGGAGGUGAACGAUGAAGAGGAGGAUGAGGACGAGGGGGAGCUGGCUCUGUGGUCUCCAGAGGUUCAGAUGUUGGAGCUGCAGAAGGAGAGAGACAAAGGCCUGGGCUUCAGCAUCCUCGACUACCAGGACCCUUUAGAUGCUGGCCGCUGCGUCAUGGUGAUUCGUUCUCUGGUUCCCGGAGGUUCAGCGGAGCGUCACGGUGGUCUGCUUCCUGGAGACCAGCUGGUGUCAGUCAACCAGAGCCGACUGGACCUGCUGACCUUGGCCCAGGCUGUGGAGGUCCUGAAAUCCGCCCCACCUGGCACAGUCCACCUGGGAAUCAGGAAGCCUUUGGUGGUGGAGACUCCAGAGAGGAGCAGAGAGGACAGCACUCAGCUGCCUGUACCACAGGGUUUCGGUGAUGGCUCCAUUCUGCCUGAAGAUCUGCGACAAGAAGAAGAAGAAGAGGAGGAAGAAGAGGAGGGGGAGGAGCUGAUCCUGGAUGGAGGUCUGCCUCGCUACUCUACCUCCACUGUGACCUCUCACCUCCUGCCUGUGGAGGAGGGGAGGGAGAUGGCUGUGGAUGAGGAGGUGGAGGUGAAGAAGCUGGAGGAGAGAGAAGAGGAGAGAGAAGAGGAGAGGAUGAGUUCUCUCCCCAGGAGACCACCUCCAUCAUGGGAGGAGUGGAGGCUCUCCUCCUGCUCCAGCCACGCUGGAUCAGAGGAGAGCUGGAGGAAAGAGCAACCCGAGGAAGAGGAGGAUGAAGACCAGAGGUCAGAGCGUGAGAGCAUCAUGUCUGGACUUCAGUUUCCUGAUCACAGAGACAGCGAGGCAGACUCAGAACUCACGCUGACCGACACAGACACAGAGUCUGUGAAGAGGGUUGACCAAGAGAGGAGGAAGAGGCGGAGCCAGGGAGGAGCCUCUCUACCAAUCAGAGGAGGCCACAGAAAUCUCCCUGAAAGAGAACAGGGAGAAGGAGAGGAAACUCCAGCGUUCAGUCACUGGGGACCAGCACGCAGGGUGGAGGUGUGGGCCGAGGAGGACCAGUCUCUGGGUCUGAGCAUCGUGGGAGGUCGGCACGUCAUCAAGCGUCUGAGGAACGGAGAGGAGCUGAAGGGAAUCUUCAUCAAGCAGGUUCUGGCCAACAGUCCUGCUGCCAAGACACAGCAACUCAAGACUGGAGACAAGAUCUUAGAGGUGGGACUGGUUGACCUACAGUCUGCCAGUCAUGAGGAGGCGGUCAGUGCCAUCAAAUCAGCUCCGAGCCCGAUCGUCUUCAUCGUCCAGAGUCUGUCGGCGACACCACGGCCUGUGUCUCUAACGGCUCCCAGCUACAGCAAACACAAAGCCAAGAGGACGGAGUCUCCGAAACCAGGAAUAGCCACACCCCCUCUCAGACAACCCCCGCCCUACUGUCCUCCCAGCCAAUCAGAGCACGAGCUGAACUCUGACCUGGAGCAGGCCAAAGAGCGUUGGUGUGAGCGUUAUGGAGACCUGCAGGGGGAGCUGCUGUGCGUGGAGCUGGACAAGGAGCGGCAGGGUUUGGGUCUCAGCCUGGCAGGAAACCGUGAUCGCUCCCGCCUCAGUAUCUUCGUGGUCGGACUCCAUCCUGGAGGAGCGGCCGCUCGAGACGGACGCAUCCAAGUUGGAGACGAGCUGUUGGAGAUUAACAACCAGAUACUUUAUGGGCGGAGCCACCAGAACGCCUCGGCCAUCAUUAAGAGCGCUGCCUCCAAGGUGAAACUUAUCCUGCUCAGAAAUGAAGAUGCUAUAAACCAGAUGGCUGUCCCUCCCUUCCCUACUCCCCCUCCUCCCCCUGCUCCCCCUGUCCUCAGUCCUGUCCUCAGUCCUGUCCUCAGUCCUGUCCUCAGUCCUGUCCUCAGUCCUGUCACACCUGAGUGCGUGCCUCCACCUCUUCCCGCUGUCCCGGCCCCCACAGACGGACCCCGCCCCCCCGACAGCCUCCCGCUUCCCCCUGUAUCAUCGUCACCGAACACACUGGACAAGAUGAGUGACGAGGAACACAACAACAGGAACAGGAACAGGAGCAGCAGCAACAACAGCGCCCCCCAGAGUCUGAGAGAGGCCGACACCUUCACAAAGUCGUGCAGGUCGUCCAGCAGCUCCAGUAAACAGACGGCAGCGACUCCUCCUCUGAUCAGCCCUGACCUGCAGGCUGCCAACAAAGAUCCAUCGUGCUGUGUGGUGGUUCCCGGUCAGGAGACGGUGUUGGAGAUCUGUAAAGGUCGAUCAGGACUGGGACUCAGUAUAGUGGGAGGACGAGACACACAGCUGGACGCCAUUGUGAUCCAUGAGGUCUAUGAAGAAGGAGCAGCAGCCAGAGAUGGACGACUGUGGGCAGGAGACCAGAUACUGGAGGUCAACGGUGUGGAUCUACGCGGUGCGUCCCACGAGGAAGCGAUUGCCGCUCUGCGUCAGACGCCGGCAAAGGUGUGUCUGACGGUGCUGAGAGACGAGGCUCAGUACAGAGACGAGGAGAACCUGGACAUUUUUAAGGUGGAGCUGCAGAAGAGGAGCGGCAGAGGACUGGGACUCAGCAUCGUCGGCAAGAGAAGUGGCAGCGGCGUUUUUAUCUCUGAGGUGGUCAGAGGUGGCGCUGCUGAGCUGGACGGUCGUCUGAUGCAAGGAGAUCAGAUUCUGUCUGUCAAUGGGGAGGACACAAGACACGCCUCCCAGGAAACUGUGGCUGCCAUACUGAAGUGUGCUCGUGGUCAGGUCCUGUUGGAGCUCGGUCGACUCAAAGCUGCGUCCUGGAUCUCGUCCAGACGCAUCUCACAGGGAAGUCAGAUGAGUCACGUGAGUGGAAACAGCUCGGGUGUUGUGGCUCCGCCCCUCACUCAGCCCCUGACCUCACCUGACCCUCUGACCUCUGACUCACUGUCCACUACCUCCAUCGGGUCCCUGCCCCUCAACAACAACGUCAAGUCCACCUCUGACAUCACUUCCUCCUCCAUUAACAGCACAGGAGAAGAUGCAGGCGUCCGUACAGUGAUGAUCACAAGGGGUGUCCAUGACUCUCUGGGGGUGAGUAUAGCAGGAGGGAAGGGCAGUCCUCUGGGGGACGUCCCCGUCUUCAUCGCUAUGAUUCAGGCCAAUGGAGUCGCUGCCAAGACUCACCAACUCAAGGUGGGGGACAGAAUCGUCAGUAUUAACGGUCAGAAUGUGGACGCUCUGUCUCACAGUGAUGUUGUCACUUUGUUGAAAAACAGCUACGGAGACAUCAACAUGCAGGUGGUAGCAGACACAAACAUCAGUGCCAUUGCCUCUCAGGUGGAGAGUUUGUCCAACACCUCCAGUCUGACAGCCAGCACUGACACACACACAGCAGAACCAGAAGGUCCACGUCCUCGCAGCAUCAGUCUGGAGAAAGGAUCUGAAGGACUGGGCUUCAGCAUCGUUGGAGGGUUCGGGAGUCCACAUGGAGACCUGCCCAUCUACGUCAAGACCGUCUUCAGCAAGGGAGCAGCAGCGGUGGACGGUCGUCUGAAGAGAGGAGAUCAGAUCCUGACAGUGAAUGGAGAGAGCCUGCAGGGGGCGGCACACGAGCAGGCCGUCGCUGUCCUGAAGAAACAGAGGGGAACGGUCACACUGGACGUCCUGUCAUAACACACACACACACACACACGCACACACACACACA